CGGGGGCGGGCCAGUGACGCACUUCCGGUCGCGCCGCGGCCCGUGCUGCGCAGGUGAGUGCGGGCUCGCUGCGGUGAGCGGUGUCCUGGCGGUCCGCACGGCGCGCAGGCUCUCCCGCAGCCAGCCCUGCGGCCCCCCCAGGUCUCGGUGCCCACAGAGGCGAAGCGGGUGUGGCGGCUACACACCAGGCCCGGAGCGCUUAGCAGGUGGCCGGUCGGAGAAGCGGUGUCACGGCAGGCAGAGGGUGACUGCGGUGCGGGGGUGAAGCGGCUCGCGGUGACAUCCCAAGUCUUUUGACGCGCUGCGGCCCUGCAGGCGCUUCAGCUCCAGCCAUUCCUUGAGAGGGAGACCAGGUGAUGGCAGCCACGAUCCCUUCAGUUUGGCCCCAGCCCAGUGUGAAAAUGGCACGCGAUUUCUCUGCUAAGUUGGUGACCUUUGAGGACGUGGCUGUGUACUUCACCCAGACGGAAUGGGAUAGUCUGUUCCCCGAACAGAGGGCGCUGUACAGGGAUGUAAUGCUGGAGAAUUAUAGGAACUUGGCCUCCAUGGGAUUUCCACUUCUCAAACCAGCUUUGAUCUCACAGCUAGAGGAAGGAAAGGAUCUGGAAAACCUGUCUCAGCUGGCCACUGGAACAGACUCCCAGGGCCUCUGGACUGAAUAUACUGCUAUCCAGCCUGGCAAUAAUUUGACAAAAGAAGUGUGUGAAGAAGAAAGAAGUAUAUUAUUUGAACUUCAGAAGGACUUUUCCCAGGAAACAAGCUUUUCAAAAACUUCUAUUAUAAACCAACAACAGGAAAACCAGUUAACAGGACGUGCAAAGGAGAAUAUCAGUGGCUCUGAUGGAAGAGUUAAGAUAGGCUCCAUGGAAGGAUAUUUAUUUAGUCAGACUUCAAAUGUGUCCCAGAAUCACACCAACUCCACUGGAGAGCAAUGUUCUGAUACCAAACUUACUAAGAAUGAAAGAAUUACUACAGAGGGAAGACAUUUGAAACACAAAGAGUUAGCAGACACCUCUCAAGGUAGCAGCUCUCAAGUUAAUCAGCUUCUAGAAAGCUGUACUGUGGAGAAGCCUUACCAAUGUACAGAAUGUGGCAAAGCCUUCAGUGUUAAAGCAAAAUUUGUUUGGCAUCAAAGACUUCAUAAUGGAGAGAAACCUUUCAAAUGUGUGGAGUGUGGGAAAUGCUUUAGCUAUAGUUCACACUAUAUCACACAUCAGACAAUCCACAGUGGAGAAAAGCCUUAUCAGUGUACGGUAUGUGGAAAAGCCUUCAGUGUUAAUGGAAGUCUAGUUAGACACCAGAGGAUACAUACAGGAGAGAAGCCCUAUCAGUGCCAGGAAUGUGGAACUGGCUUUGGCUGUAGUUCUGCAUACAUUAUACAUCAGAGAACCCACACUGGGGAGAAACCUUAUGAAUGUAGCGACUGUGGGAAAGCUUUCAAUGUUAAUGCAAAAUUAAUUCAGCAUCAAAGAAUUCAUACUGGAGAGAAACCUUAUGAGUGUGAUGUGUGUGGGAAAGGCUUCAGGUGCAGCACCCAGCUUAGGCAGCAUCAGAGUAUACAUACUGGAGAAAAACCGCAUAGGUGUAGUUAUUGUGGAAAAGGCUUCACCAAAAAUGCAAAACUCAUUCAACACCAAAGAGUCCACACAGGUGAGAAACCCUAUGAAUGCAGUGAAUGUGGAAAGACUUUUAGUGCCAAAGGGAAGUUAAUCCAGCACCAGCGAAUCCACACAGGUGAGAGACCUUAUGAAUGUAAUGAAUGUGGGAAAUCUUUUCGGUGUAACUCCCAGCUUCGGCAACAUCUGAGAAUCCAUACUGGGGAGAAGCCAUAUAAGUGCAGUGAGUGUGGAAAGGCCUUCAACGUCAAUGCAAAACUAAUGCAGCAUCGGAGAACUCACACAGGGGAGAAACCUUUUGAAUGUAAUGAAUGUGGAAAGUGCUUUACUUCCAAAAGAAACCUACUUGAUCAUCAGCGAACCCAUACUGGAGAAAAGCCAUAUCAAUGUAAGGAGUGUGGGAAAGCUUUCAGUAUCAAUGCCAAGUUAACUAGACAUCAACAAAUACAUACUAGGGAGAAACCUUUCAAGUGUAUGGAAUGCGAGAAAGCAUUCAGCUGUAGUUCUGACUAUAUCGUGCACCAGAGAAUCCAUACUGGAGAGAAACCCUUUCAAUGCAGUGAGUGUGGGAAAGCCUUCCAUGUCAAUGCUCAUUUAAUUAGACACCAGAGAAGCCAUACUGGGGAAAAACCUUUCCGAUGUGUUGAGUGUGGCAAAGGCUUCAGCCUUAGUUCUGACUGUAUUAUACACCAGACUGUGCAUACUUGGAAGAAGCCCUAUGUGUGUAAUAUAUGUGGGAAAACUUUCAGGUUUAGCUUCCAACUUAGUCAGCACCAAGAUGUUCACAGUGAAGAAAAAUCCUAAUAGAUGAACAAAACAAUAACAACAACAAACAAACAAAAUACUCCUAUGUUUAAUAGGAAAUGGCUCAUGGCUCAUCAUUAUUACUUGGAAGAAAAACAUCAAGGGGAAUGAAUAUGGCAGUCUUCAUUUGGAAACAAAAAAAUUUCUGUUUUUAAUCAAGAUUAGAUGAGUAGCUGGAAAGUUAUAUCUAAAAUAACUUAGUUUUAUAUCAGUAACUAGUCAGGAAAUAUGAAAGAAAACAUCCUAUCCCAGGCAGCAUCAGGAAAAGUAGAUUUUCUAGGAAUAAAUAUUUUGUGGGACUAAAGAAAAUUAAGAAUUCUCCACUGAAGGAAACCAAAGUAAACAAAAGGGGUGGAGGGAAAUUAAUUUAUUUCUGCUUUUUUUUUAAACAAUAAGAGUGCAUUAUGCUUCCUUUAAAAAGGGGAGGGGUAAACAUUUUAAAAAAUUAAUAGAAGUCUUGAAAAAUACCAGAUCCAGGGACUGGAGAGGUGGCUUGGCUGUUAAGAGCACUGGCUGCUCUUCGA